GAGGUUGCGUGUUAGGGUACACAGUUAUACACUGUCAUUAAAAGCUCUGUGGUCUCCCCCGUUCCUAUUCCCUGCAGCUAAGAAAAACUAGUCAGUUUUUCGGUAGGCUUUCUUCACUCCAAGUAAACUAUUUCCAACCUCCCGCGAACAUAACACUUUUUGACCUAUGAAGGAUCCGUAAAAUCUCGCGAUACGCUCAGCUCGCGGGGAAGCUGUUAUGGCCGCGCUUCUGUAUAACCAUGGAGCUCUGAACUAAGGAAAGCUACGGCAUGUGUUUUCUUUCAUAUUUAGAAGCGACGUGUGUGUGUGAUCUUGACAACUUUAAAGCCAUUUGGAAGUGUUUCAGUGGCUAGGAAAAUGAAAAACAGAGCAGGUUCCUUUUUAUGGAACCUCAGACAAUUCAGUACUUUAGUUCCAACAGGCAGAACUGUGAGGCUGUAUCCUUCGGGAUUUUGCAGACCAAAAAUUGUUUAUUCAAACUGGAACCUUUUCCAAAGUUACUUAAGUAACUUUGAUAAUAGAAUGCAGUCAUCUAUUAGAUAUCUCUUUCAGGAUGCCUUAAUUUUUAAAUCAGGAGGUGAUGGCUUUCAAACAAAGGGCAUAAGCACUGUAACAGUCCUUACAGUUGACAGACUACUUUGUCCUAGAAGACUGUCCUUUAACUCAGAACACUUUGUCUCUGAUAAUGGAUUGAAGAAAAACUUUCAUCAUGAGCCUUCCAAUGAAGAUGUUCUCACCAAGAGAACAAAACCAACCCCGAUCAACUGUAGAAAACUGUCUCAGGAGUGUAAUUCCCUGAGUGAUGUGUUAGAUAUAUUUUCAAAAGCACCUACAUUUCCUAGUAGUAACUAUUUCUCAGCCAUGUGGACAAUUGCCAAACGGAUGUCUGAUGACCAGAAGCGCUUUGAAAAACAAUUGAUGUUUAACCACCCUGCGUUUAGCCAGCUGUGUGAACAAAUUAUGAGAGAAGCCAAGAUCAUGCACUACGACAACCUGCUGUUUAGUCUUCAUGCUAUGGUGAAGCUCGGGAUUCCUCAGAAUACGCUACUCGUACAGACUUUGCUGAGGGUGGUCCAGAGAUGCUGUUUAUUGUGGACUGACUCUGAACGUAUCAAUGAGUGUGAUGAGACAUGUCUUUCAGUUUUGUCAGCUAUCUUAGAGGCAAUGGAGCCAUGCAAGAAUGUGGAUGUUCUUCGAGCAGGAUUGCGGAUGCUAGUUGAUCAGCAAGUUUGGAAAAUAGAACGUGUCUUCACAUUACAAACUGUAAUGAAGUGUAUUGGAAAAGAUGCACCGAUUGGUCUUAAAAGGAAAUUGGAGAUGAAAGCCUUGAAAGAAUUAGACCAAUUUUCUGUUUUGAAUAGCCAGCACAUGUUUGCAGUACUGGCCGCCAUGAAUCACCGCUCCAUUGUCCUUUUGAAUGAGUGCAGUAAGAUAGUCACAAGUAAUAUCCAUGGGUGUCCUUUUAACAUAUUGAUCAGCAUAUUGCAGUCUUGCAGAGACCUCCAAUACGUUAAUAUAGAUCUUUUUAAGGGAAUAGCAGAUUAUGUGGCUACAACUUUUGACAUGUGGAAGUUGAAAAAAGUUCUUUUUCUCCUCAUCUUAUUUGAAAACUUUGGCUUUCGACCUGUUAGUUUGAUGGACUUGUUUAUGAAGAAAGCAGCAGAUGAACCUGGCUUCCUAAACGUGAAAAGCCUUGUCUCUAUUCUUCAUGUGUAUUCUUCUCUCAAUCACUUCCACAAAUGCUGGACUCACAAGUUCCUAGAAGUUAUGGCUAGUGCUCUCACUGGUAGUCUUCACCACAUCUCUUCUGAAAACCUGUUGAAUGCUGUGUGUUCGUUUUGCUUGAUGAACCAUUUUCCCCUGGCCCCUAUUAAUCAGCUUCUUCAAAAGGACAUCAUCCAUGAUCUGUUGACGUCAGGUGACGUGGAGAGGAAUGUUCACAAGCUUCAUGUUUUGGCUGCCUGUCUAAAACUUGAAGCUCCUUGUCACAAGGACACACACUUAGUUCUGCCACAGCUGCCCCCCACGCCAUUACAUCCACAUGCAAAGGUUGCCGAGGUGCUGAGUAGCCUUCUGGGAGAAGGAUGCUUCUCAAAAAGUGUAUGGUUGCCACAUAAUUAUUAUAUUGAUUUUGAAAUCAGAAUGGAUGCUAACAGGAGCCAAGUGCUUCCAUUUUCUGACGUGGAUGCGGUAACUUCUGCUACAAAUAUUCAAAGAGUAGCUGUACUCUGUGUUCCUAGAUCUACGUACUGUUUGGAUUCAACCCACCCCAGAGGAUUCCUUGCUAUGAAAAUGCGGCAUUUGAAAGUAAUGGGUUUUCAUGUGAUCUUGGUCAAUAAUUGGGAGGUGGAAAAACUAGAGAUGAAGGAUGCAGUCACAUUUUUGAAGACUAAAAUCUAUUCACCGGAAGCACUUUCUACUGCUGAUAUAGAUUUACAAAGCACAUGUUAAAGUAAAAAGCAACCUUUUAAUGUUAUUAGACAUAAAUUUAUAAAAAUAACUUUAAUAAAGACUACAAUUCA